AUGAACCGUAGACAGUCUGGGAACUCCUUCAGUGUUUCUGAAAUGAGGUUGGUGCUUUUAGGCAGAACAGGAGCAGGUAAAAGUGCCACUGGAAAUACCAUCUUGGGUUCACGACGUUUUCUGUCUGAAUUGAGCAUGAGCUCAGUGACAAACAAGUGCCAGAAGGAAAGUAGAGAGGUUCAGGGGCGAAGCCUGACACUAAUUGACACUCCUGGCUGGUUUGACACUUCCCUCCAAGAAAAAGAAGUAGAAGACGAAGUGUUAAGGUGCCUGACGAUGUGUUCACCUGGACCCCAUGCAUUUCUGCUCAUUAUACCAAUCGCUCGCUUUACAGGGGAGCAGCAGGAGACUGUAGAUAUGAUUAAAGAGGUUUUUCAGGAGAACAUCACUAACCACACCAUCAUCAUAUUUACUCGAGCAGAUGAGCUAAAUAAAGAGCCAAUUGAGCAGUUCAUAUCAAGACAGGACAAAACAAUUCAAGAUGUUAUUAAACUAUUUGGUGGACGUUUCUUGGCCUUUAACAACAAAAAUCCAGAAAACCAGGAUCAGGUGACCAAGCUCCUGCAGAAAGUGCAUAGACUGAUGAAACAGAAUGGGAACAGUUGCUUUACCAAUAUGAAAACACAGAUGAUAGAGAAUACACUGACCUUGCUGCAUCAGAACAAUGAUGCAAUAGUAGCUGGAUUAAUUACAACAGCUAAGCAAGAAAUAAAGCAAAAGGCAGAACAACAGCAGGCUAAAAUAAUCAAGACCUUUGAGAAGGAGAAGCAGAAAAUAAAAAGACACAUAGAGCACAUCCAAAGAAAAAUCACUCGGUUAAAGUCAGAAAAGAAAACUAAUGAUCGUCGACGGCACCAGCAUAGUCAAAACAGCAGACUUAAAAAGCUGAAGGAGAAAAUGAAGAUUGCUGAAAAGAAAUGUGAAAAACAGAAGAAGAAACUUGAAUUAUGGAUCCAGAAUGAAGAAAAGAGGAUAGAGCAGGAGCAGAGAGAAAAGGCUGUUAAAGAUGAUGGACGCAAGUGGUAUAAAGAUGAAAAAUUCUUCACUAUUCUCAAGUACACUAUGAUUUUUGGGGGAGGGAUGGGAGUCGGAGCUGGAGCUACAUUGUUUUCGGCACCUGUAGGUCUGGCAGCACAGUUAGCUCCUUUAGUUGGACGUUGGGUUGCACCUAUACUGGCAUCUGCAAUUACAAAAGCAGGGCCUUUAAUGGUUGAAAUGGUGAAGUUUUCUUCUUUUACAAAAUGUUCAGUUCAAUAA